UCCAACUUGGUUAGGCAAUCCCUCAUUCUCAAAUCUGGUGCUUCUAAGAUUUGAGAAUUGUAACAAGUCUACUUCCUUGCCGGCAGUCGGGCAACUACCAUUGCUUAAGGAUCUUUUAAUUAGUGGAAUGGCUGCAGUUAAGAAUAUAGGUCCAGAAUUUUAUGGAAGCAGUUGCUCGUUGCCUUUUCCAUCACUAAAGACUCUUUGUAUCGAGGAUAUGGAAGAAUGGAAACACUGGACUUCAAAUGGAACCGAUCAAGAGAUGGAAGGAUUUCCUCAACUGCGAUAUCUUUCUAUUCUAAGGUGUUCAAAACUGCAGGGAAAAUUACCAGCACAUCUUCCGGCAUUGGAAAGGCUUGUCAUUCAAGAAUAUCAGUUUACACAACAGAUACCAGACUUAGAAGAAAUGAAGAUUGUUAAUUGUGAAGAGGUGAUCUCUUUCUGGCAGAGGGGAAUCAGAUUAAAGCAAGAUCUUGGCUUCCUUCGUGUAUUGGUGAUUGAAAGCUGUCCCAAUUUUACUUCUAUGGAGGCAGAUGAGGGUGACGGGCAACGGGAGCUAUGGAUUCCUAGUGGACUUCGAUGUCUGAGGUUGAAUGGUUGUGAAUGCUUAGUGGAGCUACCCCGAGCACUGCAGAACCUUCGUUUUCUCAGAGAGAUAUCUGUCAUGAACUGCCCAAAACUUGUUUCCUUUCCACCAGAUGCUGGUCUUCCUUCCCAUCUGAGGUUCAUUAACAUCAAGGGAUGCGAUGCGUUGGAAUCAUUACCUCAGGCAUGGAUUUGCAGCAGUAAUAUGUAUCUUGAAAGUAUGUUUAUUGAAGAAUGUGCUGCUUUCACACACAUUUUUAAAGUCCAACUACCUCCAAAUUUAAAGCGACUGAUCAUACGGUCUUGCAACAAUUUAAGAACUGUGGUGGAUGAGGGAGAAGUUUCAGUACCGAACACCUCUCUUCUUGAGGAUCUUGUUAUUUCUCAAUGCCCAAAUCUUGUUUCUUUGACAUCGGGUGGCAAUCUACCUAAGUCUCUUAAAUACGUUAGUAUCAAUGAAUGUUCAAAGCUCGAGUCAAUGGCAGAAGGUUUGCAUGACAACACCUCUUUUGAAUGUAUAGAAAAGAUCUUGUACGGGGUUGUCCAAAUCUUGUUUCCUUCCUAGGAUGUUUGGAUUCCCGAAAACUUACAGAACUUGUCCUAAACGACUGUGAGAAACUGGAGGCCCUGCCAAAUGGCAUGCAUAAUCUUAUCUCUCUUCAGAAAUUGGAUUUAAGAUCCUGUCCAGGCAUAGUAACCUUCCCUGAAGGGGGCUUUCCCACCAAAAUUACAUCCCUUCAGAUAAAUAGUCUUAACAUCUGUAAGGCAUUGGUCGACUGGGGAUUGCACAGAUUCACCUCCCUUAGACAACUCAAUAUUACAGGAGGGUGUGAGGAUGUGGUGUCAUUUCCACAGGAAGAGAUAGGAAUGUUACUUCCUACCUCUCUAAAUCACCUGUCUAUUGCCCAUUUUCCGAAACUGAAAUGUCUAUCAUCUUUUCUUCUAAGCUUGACUUCCUUGGGACAAUUAUAUCUACGUAAUUGUCCUAAUCUCAAAUCUUUUCCAGAGAAUGGCCUGCCUGCUUCACUUUCCGAACUAUAUAUCUAUAGAUGUCCACUUCUGAAGAAAAGGUGCACAAAGGAUAAAGGAAAAUAUUGGCCCAUCAUAGCUGGAAUACCUCACGUUGUCUUAUGAAGAGUGAAUGUAAUUUCAUCAACCUGCA